AGAAAGAGGAGAGAGGUAGUGAGCAUCGCUUCUCUGUUCCCUGACGCUACUCAGAGACAGCUCCGUCUUCCAGGAAAACGAUGGUUGAGCGCAGCCUCUGAGAUGAUGCCGAGAGCAGGGGGGGCGGCUGCCUCCUCUCUCGCCUUGCUGCUGCUGUUGCCGCUGCUGCGCUGUUGCCACCUGUGCCACUCGCUGCGUGUUCCUAACCUCUCGUCCUAUGCAAAAGCCGAAGACAAGCUGUUCAAAUACCUCUUUGGGAACUAUCAGAAAUGGGUCCGCCCAGUUGAAUAUCUCAACCAGACCAUAUGUGUCAAGUUUGGACUCGCCAUCUCCCAGCUAGUUGAUGUGGAUGAGAAGAACCAGCUGAUGACCACAAAUGUGUGGAUGAAGCAGGAAUGGACUGACAUGAAGCUAAGAUGGGACCCUGAUGACUACCUGGGCAUCACCACUAUACGAGUGCCCUCUGACAGACUCUGGCUCCCAGAUGUAGUGCUCUAUGAUAAUUCAGAUGGUCGUUUUGAGGGCACAGUCACCAAGGCGGUUGUCAAAUAUGACGGAACCAUAACUUGGACACCACCUGCUAAUUACAAGUCUGCCUGCACCAUCGAUGUCACCUUCUUUCCAUUUGAUUUGCAGAAUUGCUCCAUGAAAUUUGGCUCUUGGACUUACGACGGCUCCCAGGUUGAUGUCCUUCUGGAGGACUUCCAUGUGGACAGACAGGAUUAUUUUGACAAUGGCGAGUGGGAGAUUGUAAAGGCCACAGGUAGUCGUGGUCUGAGGCUAGACGGUGGCGCUUCAUAUCCCACCAUCACCUACUUCUUCAUCAUUCGCCGGCUGCCUCUCUUCUACACACUCUUCCUCAUCAUCCCCUGCAUCGGCCUGUCCUUCCUUACCAUCCUCGUCUUCUACCUCCCCUCCAAUUGCGGCGAGAAGAUCUCUCUCUGCACUUCAGUGCUGGUGUCGCUAACCGUCUUCCUGCUGGUCAUAGAGGAGAUCAUUCCUUCCUCGUCCAAGGCCAUUCCGCUCAUCGGCGAGUACCUGGUCUUCACCAUGAUCUUUGUCACGCUCUCCAUCGUCAUCACCGUCUUUGCCAUUAACGUCCACCACCGCUCGUCCUCGACACAUCACGGCAUGGCGCCGUGGGUGCGCAGGAUCUUCCUGCAUCGACUGCCCAAGCUGCUGUGCAUGCGCGGCCACGUAGAUCGCUAUGGCACGGCGGGAGCGCCGCAAACGGGGCGGGUACUGGGAUUGGGAAUGAUGAAGGAUACUCCAACUGAGCUGGGCCUCUCCCAUACCAGACACAACAUCCAAGCUGCCCUGGAUUCUAUCCGCUACAUAACCAUGCAUGUGGUGAAAGAAAAUGAAGUCAGAGAGGUGGUACAGGACUGGAAGUUUGUUGCCCAAGUUCUGGAUCGAAUGUUUCUGUGGGCAUUCCUGCUAGUGUCCGUCCUGGGCUCAGCUCUCCUCUUCAUUCCUGUGAUCUACAAAUGGGCCAGCAUUAUUGUACCCAAACAUAUUGGCGGUAUCCUCUGA